AUGGAGCUGCAAGACCAACUGAAGAGCGAUUGGAGAAGUUUUUUUUGCAAUCAGCCACCAGUGGAGUUUGACACAAGUGUAAACCAUCAUCUUCUCUGCAGUGAGUUGAAAAGCAGCCCUGUGAGGCUGGAGGACAGCGCAGAUCCAUACUGCAGCAUCUGGUCGGACGCCGAACAAGCAGGAAUCAAGAGUCGUAACAAUCGGUCAUUUGCCAUGGAUGCAAGAAUGAGACUAGAUAGUUUGAAGUCAGGGUGUAAUUCACCCUUGCCCUGCGUUGCCAUGGAUGGGAUGAUGUACAACUAUGACUGUGAAAAAGACCCUUGGGACAGUGAAGAUUCACAGGAUGAAGAGUCUGCUUUGGACCAGGUAGAGCUCCUUGAUGUCGAUGACGAUGUGCAGGAUGAAGAGAACUGUAUUCCUGACAGGUUGUAUGAGUCUCCAAAGAAGCAGGACUUUGUGGGGAGAAGUGAGUCUGCUCUUGGAUGGUGUCGACGCGUACUGGAUAACCCCAGUCCUGAGACGGAGGCGGCGUGUCGUUCACUGAUAAAUAGGCUGGAUCAAAAUACCAGUGAGAUGAGCAUCUCCCAUGACUCCAUAACCACAAGCUACAGACUGCAGGACAUGACAGAUGUCCACAUUAUGGCUCGUAUGCAGGAAGCCAGUUUAAGACAGCACUACGUCUCCACACCUACUACUGCUUCACCUAGGAGAGGCCUUGAGCCAUCGGUGAUGUCUCCAUCUUACUUUAACCACACUGUUCAAAAUAUUGAUGACUUCAUUGCAGGAAAUAAAACUGGGGCGUUGUCUUCCUCUUGUUGGCAGCCUGGUCUGUCGUCGCUGCACUCUUUCUCUUGCCAGGCACCAACAUCAGUAGCUAAGGGCUGCCAAAGUCCAAAACUGGCCCGACUUCACCAGCAGGUCACCCAGUUCAAGCUGCUUAAACUUGCUCAGAAUCAAGCAACAUCACCAGCCAGACCCAGGUCACCUCUGCGGACCAGCCUCCGCUCCCUUCAGGCUGUUAGAAACAGCCGAAGUUUAGAGACUGAGGACUAUCAACCUGCUGACUCCCAAAUCCCUUACCCCCCCUCAGUUUCUGCGACAUCCAUUAAUUCCAAUGGCUUGUUGCACUCAGCUAGAGAAUCCUCAGACCGGACGGCCGCCGUGAAGAGACUUCAGAGGUCUCAGUCUGUCAGUCCCUGCAGGAUCCCACACUCUGCUAAGGGAUACCUGUCUAUUCAUGGACGCAUUUUUGCCUCACCUGAUAGGUCGACCUCUGUAGCUUGGGCCAGAAAUGUGCCCUCCACUCAAAGGUGAAAGGUGUCACCAGUGGCGUAUCUACAAAACAUAAAAAAAAUGUAUGUCAUAUCUUGAAGUCAUUUGCUUGUACGGUUUCCUGAACGUUUCAGAUUGUGAAGGAAUGAAUGUCUGUAUUAGAAUCCUUUAUAACAUGGCAUGUUGCUCUGGCUGAAGAUAAUGUAUGUACUGUCUCAGUGUGAAGUAGGACAUGAGUCAUCUUCAUCUGCAACAGAUUGUAGACAAAGACAGCAGAAUGUGUAGCUGGCACUGCCAGAAGCAUCCUGGAGGGCUUUACAUUACAGAGACAUCCUGUGCGGUGUAAUACGACAGUAAAAACCUGAAUAAUGUGGACUUUCGCCAAAAGUUUCUAAGAAUGUAGAAAUGUCAGAUGAUCUUAUUAUGUU